AGUGGGUUCGCUCUGACCAAGAUUUCGUUUCAUCAUCUUGCGUUCUUGGUUUGCAAACUUCCCGUCAAUCCGAUUUUCUCACGUUAGUUACAGUUAUCGUUAAAUUAGAUUCUUGCCAAUGCUACGGGUUCUAUUGCACAACAUCGAUCCGGCGGUCAGCCGCAGCACAACUAUCCGGCGUACACUAUCAUCCGCUCUGUACAUCACGGGUGAUAAGGCGAAAGAACAGUAUGCACCGCUAGUUCCCUACUUGGACUUUCAGUCGAAACUGGCCGACCUCGGUAAGCUCGAGAGCAAUCUUCGGCUUCGGCGAUACCGGCUAGAUUUCGAGGUCCUCAAGCAGCAGUGGGAACUGUACCGAUCGAUUGAACUUCGCAAAAGGAGCAUCGAGGCUCGUCGGGUGGAACUGCGGGAUCUAAUAGCGAAAGCUGUCAGUGAGGAUGAAGUCAAACAAUUGAAGAUGCAGGCCACUUUGGCCAAGGAGGAUUUGAAAAGUUUGAAGGAGAGCAGCUACGCGGUAGCGGAUGUCUUUGUAGCUAAAAACUUUCUGAGGAUUCCGAACGAAUUGCACGAGAGAACGCCGGCGGAUAAUGGUGUAGUACUGUUUCAAAACACUACGGUCAAAUCGAAAGAAUUGGCAAGUAUAGGAGAGGAGUGCUUGGAGGAACAUGAUUCCACCCGUUUGUAUAUGACUGAGGACGCCGCUUUGAUGGACCUGUUCCUACCGAUGUCCUGUGUCAAUGUGUUCCAAGACGCCGGUUUUAUUCUAUUUUCGAAUCCAGAUUUUGUACGAAGUGUUCUGGUGGAAGCAGCUCAAGUGGAUCUCAACUCAAUCUAUUUGGUCAACGAAGAAGUUGAUCUUGAGCAUACUCUAAAUCGAUUGCAUUUGUGCGGAGGUGGAUCAUUGUUAGGGUUUCUUGGCUAUUUCACAAAGCUGUUGGUGUUUCCGAAUGCACUUCCGCUCCGGUUGGUUACUGUUGGUAAUCAGUACUUUAACGAGAAGAUUCAAACCAGAGCAGUUCAUAUACUGGCAACAGCUCAUCAUGAAACAGAAGCCAUUCGAAUCUUCGACGAAGCGAUAGAAUUGUACAAAGAAUUUUUUGAUAGGCUAGAAAUAAGAUACAGGUUAAUGCUGGUCUCUGCUCAUGGUUUAAACCCGGCAGAAGCAAUGCGCGUAGACGUGGAAGUUUUUAGUCCUAAGGCAAAAGAUUUCACCAAAGUUGGAGACCUGUGCUACUAUUCAGAUUUUAUCAGCAAACGGAUAGCGUUUAACUAUCACGAAGACAAAAUUCAGAGGUUUCCACAUAUUGUUUCGGGAACUGUACUAGGGUGCGUCAGUAUGAUAAAACUGCUUUUGCAACUGGGUAUCAGUUUCAAAGAUUUGAAUGUUAAAUAAAAGUAAGUUAUAGAAUAAAAAAUAUAUUUAAU